CGAGGAGGAACGUUUUCUAUUCUCGCGUGAGUGUAAUGGCACUUUGACACAAGUUGUAUCCCUUCUAGGGAUAACCCCAUAGGUCGAAGGAAAUCACACGUAAACGAGCGGUUUAUCCCAGUUUAGUCUAGCUAGCGAACUAAAGUUAGAUGUUUAAAGAAUUUGCGAAAUUAAUCUAAAUCUCACUGCAAUGUUACCUAGCUACGUAGGUAGCUAAUUGAGCCAGUUAGCUAGCCAUUUAGCUGGUCAACGUUACCAUCGAUCUUCUGUUGUCUAAACCCAGAAAGGGGAUGAGAUGAUGUUAGAGUUUUAUUCGACGUUUUCCAAUUUUUCUAUUUUAUAUUCUGGUCAACGUUACUUUACACUGUAAGCUAGCUAAUCAAGCAAUCCUUAAUUCAACUAACUUGAAUAACACUAUUUUUGUAUGUGUUGAACAUGGACGAAGAUUUCCUGCUUGCCAUUCAGCUGCAAGAGCAGUUUAACUCUGAGUGUGCCACCACAUACACACCAACUGAUGACAGCAAUAGCUAUGGCCAAACCAACAAAAAACGGAAAGUUGAGUAUAACAGUAGUGUAAUCGCCUAUUCGCGUCCAUUUAUGGCCCCCAACAUUCCAACAUCAAUUGUGGAUGAGUCGUGGGAGACUCUUGACCCAAGUCCAGAUGUGAGGGCGAUGUUUUUGGAAUUUAAUGACACAUUCUUCUGGGGAAAACUCAGUGGUGUGGAAGUCAAAUGGAGUCCCCGAAUGACGCUGUGUGCAGGUGUGUGUUCUUAUGAAGGACGAGGUGGAUUAUGUUCAAUUCGACUCAGUGAGCCUUUACUGAAACUCAGACCUCGUCGGGAUCUUGUACAGACACUUCUCCAUGAGAUGAUCCAUGCACUGCUCUUUGUGACACAAAACAACAGAGACCGGGAUGGGCAUGGACCAGAGUUUUGCAAGCAUAUGGAUAGAAUCAACCAAGCCACUGGGACUAAAAUCACAGUAUAUCACACUUUUCAUGAUGAAGUGGAUCUCUACCGUCAGCACUGGUGGCGCUGUGACGGGCCCUGUCAGACUCGCAGGCCGUAUUUCGGGUAUGUGAAAAGGUCAAUGAACCGGGCCCCCUCGUCCCAAGACCCAUGGUGGGGGGAGCAUCUGCGCUCCUGUGGGGGCACCUAUACGAAGAUCAAGGAGCCGGAGGGUUAUGGAAAGAAAGGCAAGAAGACCGACAACAUCCAAGACAAGAAGCCUACCGACAAGCCCGCAAGCAAGAGUAAGCCUGCCAGCACAGCUACUGCAGGCUCUGGUUCACAGGACAUAAGAAACAUUAUUCCGUUCAGCGGGAAAGGCUUUUUGCUCGGAGGAAGUUCACAGUCACCGUCAUUAAGUCAAGACCCCCCUGUCAAAAGACCCCUAGCUCCUGUGUCUCCCAGACUUAAGCGCUCUCCUCCAUUUCCGAAGACCGCUGAAGGACUCAACUUUCCUGGACAACCUAGUCUCAGUAGCCUGCAGACGAAAGGGAGCACAGCCUCCAUCUCAGGGGGACCCCAUGGUCCUGUCAGAGCAAAGAAACCGCCUAUAAAAAAAUCUGUUAGCAACACCAAGGCAUUUGUCAACAUUAAUGGCUCGCCUGUAAGGAUAUACAAACCCACGAGCCUCGUGAAUAAGACACUUAAUGACACCACAGACACAUCGAAGAUGAAACAAAGGUCUGUCCAAGACCUGUUUAACAACAGUGGCUGGAAGUCCGGAAGUACGGUUAUUACUAAUGCCUUCACUGUCUCGAAACCACCAGCUGAGUCUGAAAGUGCAACCUCAUCGGUGGUUUGUUUGAACUUUGAUCCACCAGCUAAAGCAGCCAGUUCCUCAAAUGUCAAACAACUGGACAGUCAUCCCUCUGCUCUACUGGUUUCAUCAAAACCUGAGUCCACGGAGCCUAAACAGUCUAAAUAUUUCAAAGGCCAAGAGAAGCAUAGCGGAAUCAACACAGCGGUUUCUAAGAAGAGGCGCUGGGAAGACCGCACUUCUUCUCACAUCUUUGACUUCUUUCAGAAGACAAUGGGUGAGUCAUCGCCAUCAACACCCAGGGCGGCGAACGAGAACCCUGCCAGAGCCUCAUCCCAAGCCGCCCCUUCUGUUGUUCAGGACAGCGCUGCAAUAAUUACUGUCAGCUGCCCUGUAUGUCAAGCUAAGGUGCAGGCGUCUAAAAUCAAUGCGCAUUUAGAUACCUGUCUCUCAUAAGAAUUGAAACUCUGGGGGAAAGACCAUCUGCUGCUUUUAUAUUGCACAACUUUUACAAGUGGAAGCCUACAAGGUUUUUCCCUAAAUCUUUGAAAUCUCUCAUGGAGGUAUGCUAUAAUUAGAGAGAGAGUUUUUUUUAAUAGGACUGUUUGUAUGAUCUACAUCAGUGGUUCCCAACUUCGGACCUCAAGUACCCCCAACAGUACACAUUUUCAUUGUAGCUCCAGCCAAGCACAGCUGAUUCAACCUGUCAGCUAAUUAUCAGGGUCUCAUUGAGUUGAAUUGGGUGUGCUUGUCCAUUUUCUUUAGCCACUUGCAGAGCGACCUGUGUUUUAGUACACCUGUGUAAUUAAUAGGUUAUUGUUUUCUCAAAUGUAUUUAAUAGGUUCCACUGACUUGAAGGGGCCAUUACAUUGGUCAUUUAUAGUGUUGCUGUGGUCUUGUAUUUUGUUAAGUUUUGGCCUGUUAUGCUGAUUGGUUUGUAUUGAAUUUCACAUUUGCUUAUCAAUUCAUGUGUGCCUUUGAGUAUUUUACAAGGGCAUAUGUUGACUUGUUCACUGCCUCAUUCAAUGGAAAGCAAUAAUGAGAAUUUAACUGACGCCUCUGCAAGCCAGUUCUUGUUAAUAGUAUUUCAUUUUUAAAUAGUUUUAUCUGUUUAUAAGUAAACCAAAUAUCACCAUUAAAACGAUUACAGUA